CCGGCCCUUGUCAAUGUCGCGUCUGUAUGUGAGUUUGCCUGCCGGGAGCCGAGAACAGGGGGCCUAGAAGCGACGGAUCCGCCCAAAAUCUUUUGUCGCAGAGACGACAGUAGGGGUCCACCCACGCUCUUGGUUGACCAUGGAUUCUCUUCACAGCGUACUCUAACAGAUGAAGUCCUGGCGGUGCAGCAACGGGCCCGCUCAAUCACUAUUUUUCGAUGCUCAGCCGCAGGUUGACGGCAAGCGCCAGCUUUGUCUGCCUAAGAUGCCGACUCCAGCUGGCCGCGUCCGCUCAGCGGCUCCCGUUUCCUGCCAUCGCCGUCCCGCCUGCUCGUGCGACUCGGCGGUUCAUACGCAGCCAGGCCGAUCCGUUCGCCCAACUUGACGAAGCCCGCCGCCAAAGCGAUGGUGAGGAAAGCGACGGCGAACCCAGUCCCGAACUCAUCGGCGUUAGAGACAUAGAGGCAGAGGACCAGAGUGAAGGCAAUACACCGUUCUGGCCAGUCCCUGCGCUGCCUCCACCCGAACCCCGGACAUACAAGUCGCGUGGCCAUCUUCUCGCCCCGGAGCGAGAAGGGCUCUCUGUCGACAUUCUCGGAAAGCCUGGGUCGGCGAUCGUGCUGCGGGAGAAGCAGGCUCUGAAAAAGAAGCAUCCUUCCCAACUGGCCUCAGACGACAGUGCGGGCGCGCCCGUCGACCCGGACAGUUUACUGCCAACUGGAAGUACCGAUGUCGCGCUUGAAGACGUACUCCUCAACAUACAUGAGUUGAAGCCGAAGGACACACAAAUUCUCCCAGACAAAGAAUUCAGGAAACUCAAGCACAUGCUCAUCGAUGGGUUUACAAACCCACAGCUGAUGCACUAUAUAAGAGAGUACCGGCAGCUACGGCAGCUUGAACGAGAGGAGGAGGACGCGGCGGCGCAGGCGGAGGCGCAAGCGGAUGCGGAGGCGGAGGUGGAGGAAAGCUUGGAAGAACCUCCCUGGGUGCUGGCGCGUCAGCCCUGGGUGCCGCUCGUUGAGAAUGCCCUAGAAGAUGUCGAGCCACAUCUGGAAGGAUACAUCACCAAGGGCAUGCCCCCAAAGGAAAGGCUCGCAGUUCGGCUGAUGCGUGAAUGCUGGGGUGUAUCCAACGAAAAGGUCAUUGACAAAGACGGCCACGUCAGUGUCACGCUAAGCGACGUCGAGUUCUCCCUCUUGACCAGUGGCAACAGAAGAUGGCUUGAAGGCACGCGGCGGGAAGUCCUGGCGCGUGUGAAACAGGUCAAGCUCAUUCGCGAAUCUCCGACUUCUCCGUCGAUCUCGUCUCGCCGGAACCCCUUCAACCCGGUGUUCUUGGAGGAGAUUGGGCGCCUAACCAACACGGUGACUCGCCUUGACCCGUCGGGCAGGAAGGUUGUGGUGACCUGGAUUCACAUGCCAGAGCGAAGCGAGGACCUCGAAAAUGCUGCAGAGACCGUGCUGCGGUUGUUGCGGGAUGCAUACGGACCAAAGCCCCGCGCGUCCUCGACGUUACAAGUGUCGAGCGGUCGCGCCGACCAAGGCCGCUACCUCCCAAUGCUCAACAACCACGCGCAAAUGCUGCCUUGGCAGGAGCGGUCCGAGAAGUGGGAGCGCUGGACCGUUGCCCUGCCUCAUCUGACUCAUUGGAAUAUGGACUCCAAUACACAAGCCGCGAUACCAGCGGAUAUCCUCCCUUACACCAAUGGGACCGAAAAUACUAUAAUGCGGCAGGAGAACCAAAUAGACGGCGCUCCUGGCUGGUCUUCCGAGCUGCAGACCGACACCAGCGCCGUCUUUGGGCAUGUCGUCUUUGCGCGCCGAAAACAACUCUCCUCAGUCACUCCAGCAUCAGUAUCCGAACCUCCAUCACAUUUAGACACUUCUCUUCCCCGGACGUUCCUCCCUGCACUGCCCGCCCUCGGCAGCCUGAACUUACCCACCAACCUCCAAGAAGAAGGUUUGUGGCACACCAUAAGCGUCAUCCGCUUCACGCCAUCUCCCGAGAUCUCCCCUGAGCUCAUCGCCUCUGCUCCGAACCUCGAACUCCGCAUCGAAGCCGACCACACGGAGGUCAUCCGCCUUAUGUCCCUGCGCGCCAUCACAGAUACCUUCAUGGGAGACGUGCUUUUCCCCGCGGCCGCCGUCGACGCACGCGUCGUCCAGCAACGGUACUUCGUCCUCCCCGGCGCAAGCAUCGAACACCACGUUCCGUCACUCCUCACCUUCAUCUCCAAGUCCACGCUGCGCCCAUGGGACGGUAAACUCAGUACCCCGCCCGUCCUGCUCGGCGUACGUCUUCCGCGACGUCUCCUCUCUCCCGUCACCACUAUUACUACUAACAACAACAACAACAAAAACAAAAACAACGACAACUCUUCCACGAGGAACCAGGACAAUGGUCGCACCGAUGACACAGUAGCGGUAGACUACCACCUCUCCUCGAUCGAGAUCCAGCGCACCGUGACCGCCGAGUACGAGGGCCUCAAGCUGCGGUACACCAGCAUACAAGGCGGCCGGCGCGGCGGCGAACGGUCCGAGCUCUCGCUGGAAGCGGUGCGCGUCGAGCCCCCCAAACCCGCACCACCAGCACAAUCCGAGCCCGAUAUCGACUCUCUUGACCGCUACGCGAUAGUCGACGCGGACGAGAUGCAGAGAAGAUCAUCGCAGCGCCGUUCCCGCGAAUUCUCCGAAUUCCGUUAUCACGUGGCCAACACAGGAGGCGACGGUGAAACAAUAGCCAAGCCCGCCGAGCUGAAAGAGUUCCUGCAUGUUGCGUCCGGCAUCAUCAACGAGACAGGAAGCCUGAAAUGGCAUGCAAAGCGAUCAUAG